AUGAGGGCUCUUUCUCUACCCAAAACCCACCAUACCAGCAACUCCUCUCAGAUAAUGACUGGUCGAGCUUCUGCAACGCCCUCGACAAUGUCAGAUCUAUCUCCACCCGCUGUACGAGACCGCUACGGUUUCAAAAAGGUCUCUCAACACAUUACCCUGGUCGAACAUGACGUAUGGAACUUCCACUAUAUUGAAUAUCUUGACAGGCGGAGGAAGAAGUGGGUUACGCUCAUGAAAAAAUGCGGACUGCCAUACGAAAACCCUAAAGAGUUUCCACCCCCGUCUGAUCAAGUCAAACGAUUCAUCCGCAAAGGUCUACCUCCUGAUUGGCGCGGUGCAGCCUGGUUCUUCUAUGCCGGUGGUCCUCAAAACUUAGCACAAAAUCCAACACUUUAUUCCGAUCUCAUGGAACAAAUCAAUGAAGGGGCAUUGAGCGAUCUGGAUCGAGAGCAUAUCGAGCGCGACCUGCAUCGCACAUUCCCGGACAACAUUCGCUUCAAACCUGAGUUCGACUCAUCUGCCCCGCCGUCCGAAACACAGUCGUUUGACCGGCCUGACUCUACGGCUAUGGAGAAUGAAACUUCGAUCCUAAAGGCCUUGCGUCGAGUACUGCAGGCAUUUGCUAUUCAUAACCCAAACAUCGGUUAUUGUCAGUCUUUAAACUUUCUUGCUGGUCUACUGUUACUCUUCCUGGAAGAAGACGAAGAGAAAGCCUUUAUUCUUCUGAACAUUAUUACAACUGAACAUCUCCCUGGUACGCACGGCAAGAUACUGGGGGCCAAUAUCGACAUUGGAGUAUUGAUGGGUUGUAUUAAGGAAUCCAUGCCACUGGUCUGGGCAGCGAUUGACGAUACCAACGACCCAUCUGGACAUUCAUCGCAUGUAGCGACUGCCGCCGCAAGAUUACCCACUGUAUCCCUUGCAACAACGUCAUGGUUCAUGUCAUUAUUUGUCAGCAGUCUUCCAAUUGAGACUGUGCUUAGGGUCUGGGACUGUCUGUUUUACGAAGGAUCGAAGACUUUGUUCCGAAUCGCGCUUGCCAUUUUCAAAAUUGGAGAAGACUUCAUACGAGCUGUGAAUGACCCUAUGGAAAUCUUUCAGAUUGUGCAGAAUCUUCCCCGGAAGCUCAUCAAUCCGAAUGCACUGAUGGAGGCGUGUUUCAAGAAACGAAAUGGAUUCGGCCAUCUCACGCAAGAGACGAUCGAUCAACGCCGGUUAGAGCGCCGCAGAAGCAACGUGGAUGAUGUGACUAAGCUCACAAACGUACCGAAAACGCCUGUACCGGAUGAAAUAAGUCCCAAACUGGUCUCUACGCGGACCAAUACAAUGGACGAUACAUUUGACCGCAUCGAGCGUGAGCGAUGGGCGCAGGAGCCUCAGCCACUAGUCAAGAGAGCGACUACGAAGUCAAAAUUCAAACGCAGCCUUUCGCGGAAGAAGCCACUGCCCGGGGUCAAGCCUCCACUUCCGAGCAACAACAUGAUCUGA